UUUAACAAUAGAAGAUGUAUUUGAAUAAAGUGAUAUUUCUUUUUUGCCUGUUGUUUAGCUAUUCAACGAGACUCGGCCGAGCAAUGGGUGACAAGUGCGCGAAUGUGUGUACGUGUAAGUGGAAAAGCGGAAAGCGGACGGUAGAGUGUAAGGGCCGCGCAUUGACUAGCGUACCUGACGACAUUGAUUCAGAAACACAGGUACUCGAUGCCAGUGAAAAUGAUAUCGGUGCACUAACAAACAAAAUUUUUAUCAAGGUACGCCUUACCAACCUUCAGCGAUUGUAUCUCCGCAGCUGUCGCAUCGACCGAAUCGAGCAGAAUGCCUUAGCUGGACUAACAAAUCUUAUUGAAUUAGAUCUUAGUCAUAAUCUACUCAGUACUGUACCCAGCGCUAGUUUCAGUGAUACUCCUUUCCUCAGAGAUCUUACACUGUCCUUUAAUCCACUGUAUAAAAUUGUUGCAUAUGCAUUUAAAAAUACACAGAAUCUUGUCAAAUUGGAUCUAUCUAAUGCAGAGUUAACUGAAUUAGCUGCUAAAGGUUUUCAAGGUUUGGAGAUGUUAGAAAGUUUGAAGCUAAAUGAUAAUAGAAUCUCUACAUUACAUCCAGGCACUUUUGAGCCACUCACUAAAUUAACAAGUAUUGAAUUACAUGAGAAUCCUUGGAUAUGUGAUUGUCAUUUACGUGAGAUGAAAUCCUGGUUGGUGAAGCAAAAUUUACCAACGUUGAUCGCACCAAUGUGUCACCGACCUGAGCAAUUAAUCAAUAAGUCUUUCUCAGAAUUAACAUUCGAUGAUUUUGCUUGUAGGCCAGUGAUGCUCAUAGUUAGUCGUUAUGCCGAAGCUACUAUAGGCGAAAAUGCAAGCAUAGUUUGUACAGUAACCGCUAUACCACCUGCUAGAAUAAAAUGGAUUUGGAAUGGAAAAUUAUAUACUAAUCACUCAGCAGUAAAUAGCUAUCAAAAAAUUUUAAUUUAUGAGGAGGGUCAAUUUCGAAAGCUUAGUACGCUAGUUUUAACCAACGCACAAGAGACAGAUUCGUCAAAUUUUUUCUGUGUUGCAGAAAAUCAAGCUGGUAGCGUUGAAGCAAAUUUUACUCUUCACGUUUCUUUGCGUACUGCUGGAAUGUCAACGUUAGGAUCAGGACAAAUUGCUGGUAUAUCCGCAGCUCUUGUGGUACUUAUACUUUUUAUUUUAUUAACUAUUAUGGUUUUAUUUAUUCGUUUGAGAAGAAUGCCUCAGAAAGAUGUAAAAACUCCAGCGCCUUUGUCGGAUAAUUUACCAUUAGAAGGUUGUAACAGCAGUAGUCAUGAUCCAAACAACCCGCAAUCAACUACUUCAACAGCUAGUCGACGGAAAGUAGAUGAGAUAGAAGCAACGAGUUUUAACGAAUCUAAAAUCGUUACACCGCCAUCUUUAAUUAAUCAUAGUUAUGUACAACGAUCAAAUGUCAAUAUUGUCACGGAAAAUCAUGACUAUCUUAUUAAUCGUGGUUAUGAUGAAAUGACUGCAAGAAUUCCGCAAUCCGUUGUAGUUGGAUCGUGUUACUCACCUCAGUCAUCUUUAAUGCCAAUUGAUAAUCCGGAUCUUAUCAGAGAUACUAGACGUGGUUCUAAUGAUGAAGAGGUAAUUCAAGGAGGAUAUACUACUAGUGGUGAAUAUAGUCGAAUUGUUAACAUGGAGGAAAGCAAGCUCUUAUAUUCUGAAUGCCUAGGAUGGGAAGGUCAAAGCAGAGAUAUAGUUUGUAGGCCGUCGGCAUCUAUUAAUACAUAUGGAUCAAAAGAAGUUCAACAAGCUCAUAGUGGUAUUGUGAUUCCUGGUCAACAGAUACAAGAAUCUUUUCCACCUAAACAAACAGCUAAACAAAUUCGUGUUUGGCAAAAAGGAAUACCUGUUUUACCACCUGUUUCGGCAUUAAAGCGUGUUCUAGGUUCAACCCGUAGUUCACCGGAUGAAGGAUAUCAGGAAGGUACCGGUACAGACGUCUAGACAAUAUUUCAUUCUUCGUCAUUUAGACGCAGUGCAGAAUAAGAUGGCAGCCAAUCGACUAAUUA